AACAGAAUAUUCCACUUUGGAUUGCAACCCGUUGGUUCCUUUUGCUGGCUGGGAUACGAGAGGGGCGCAGACGCUUUCGAGUGACGUCACUGCCGCUGCUGCUGCUCGGCUGUGGCAACAAGCAAAGCAAAGCAAAUCGACAGCCCAGCUGCCAUUAGCACGGAGCUUCCCCGUCUCGGUUGGUAACAAGACGACUGCCGCCUCCGCCGCCUCCCGCGCAAUGUUCACGAACCUGGCCAACUUGUUGCUGGGCGCCACGGCGACCUCCGCGGAGCAUGAGGAGGAAGACUGCUGCCCUGGCGAGGCUGAGCUGAGCGUGCUGGAGGCCGAGGAUGGCGACUGGCUGCUGGUGGAGGCGGCGCAGCUGCAACGAGGGGCGCUGCUCGCCUCCAUGGCGGUGGCACCGCGGUCACGCUCGCACUCGGUGUCUGCACUCGAGGAGUCGUGGUUUGUGACGCCACCGCCGUGCUUCAACUCUCAGGGCCCGGUCGAACUCGAGACUUCGCCCCUCGAGAACCUGCUCAUCGAGCACCCCAGCAUGUCCGUCUACCACCGACCUCACCACUCGAUCGCUGCUGCCCCGCUCCAGCAGCGAUCGGCGUCGCUCUCCCCACCCCCCAGGGGACGUCGCGCCCGCCAACCCCUGACCGCGGUCAACCCUCGCCCCCCGAGACCCCUCUGCAUCACCCUGGCUAAGCAGCAUCAGCAGCAGAAUGCCGCUGUCCAGGCUGCUCAAAAGGUGCAGCAGAAAGUGGGUGCGCAGCAGAUGCGUCGUGCCGCCCUGGAUCGCAACAACAAGGCGCGCGACGUCGGCUCGGCGCGCAACAAGCGUCCGCGUCGCUGCGACCACCAGAUGCGUCACUCUGGUGCCAACAACAACCGCAAGUGCUGAGGUGGGCGCGCGAACGCUGCCGCAGUUCGAGUUCAUCCAUCGUUUCUCUUGUCCGCCACCACGAACCAAGCUUUAACCGAGUUAUUAAAAGAAGACGCGAAGCACCCAGUUGUGAUAAUUAUAACAAUGCCGAGUGCACAACACAAAAGAAGAAGACGUAUAAUCAAUUGCAGCAGACGCAGCGACUAACUGCAUCUCUAUAACUCCAAAGGAACUCUCUCUGCGCAGACUAAUGUUGGUCUAAUAAUUAGUCCGUGUUGGUCUCCAGCUUUACGAUUUUGUUCAGUCAGCGUAAUUUAUUCGGAUUUUUAUUAAUUAAUCAAUCAAUCAAUUAAUUGAUCAAUUAAGAGUUUAUUAUGCUUAGUUUUAAGCGGCCUUUCGGAUAAAUAUAAAUCGUCUCGUGUGGUCAGUUGUUAUUAAUGUUCUCGCCGUCGGGCCAGGGGGGGGGGAGUCGAGCAAAUAAUUGCCGGACGGAAUCUGGUAUUCGUAUUUAGUGUGUUCACUUAGUGCGAAAUGAAUAAUUUAAUGAGUGUAAAUAAUAAACGCGCGUAUGGUUAUUAUUGUAAAUAUACCGAUGGUGUACAUAUUACAUACACGGAGGGCGGCGAUAUUCUCGUUACUCGUGUCGACGGUUUUAACCUGACUAUUUAAACUAAAAUAGUUGAACUUAAAUUGAAUAUAAUGAAACACUCGUGUGUGCUCGUGCACAUCUCACUUAUCUUGUUAGCCAGUGACAAAUAAACAAAAGCAAAUAAAAAGUUUAUAAGAAAAAAAA